CUGGGGGCCCGUCGUCCUUUGCCCGGCCCCGUCCCAGUGUCCAUCCCCGUUCCCAUCCCUGUUCCCGGCCCCGUGUUACCCUGGCAAUUCUGGUUCUCCUACUCAGGCGCUGAGUCACACAGCCCGUGUAAGGGUAGCGGCCGGCCGGAGCCGCCUGAGGCUCCAGGAAGAUGCAGUUCCUGGGGCGGCUGGUGAACACCAUCAACAGCGUCACGCAGAUAUUCAGUAACCCGUACCGGGUGAAGGAGGUGCCGGCCGCGGAGUAUGCCGGUCACACCUGCCUGCGGGAGGAGGGCAGGGUGGCCCUGUACAAGAACAGCAUCGCUCGCUCCUGGGACUGUCUCCUGGUGAAUCCACAGAGCCCGCAGGUCGCUUUCCGGCUCUUCCAGCUGGACAACGAAGCAGACGCCCUGGUGCUCUUUGAGCAAUAUGCCCGGCAGCUGCGCCCUUUCUACGAGAGCUCGUGCCAGCCCUUGUCCCUGGAGGAGCUCCAGCAGCUCUGCGACCUCCUCCGCAGCCACCCCAGCUGGUCCGCGGCACAUGUCGCUGUGGAGUUCGGCCGCCGGGAGAGCUUCCGGCACAACCAUAUCCUGAGCUGUGUGAACAGCAUGGACAGCGAGGAUGGCUGCACCCCGCUGCACCUGGCGUGCCGCAAGGGAGACAUGGAGUGUCUGCUGGAGCUGCUGGAGUGCCACGCGCGGGUGGACAUUACCGACAGGAACGGGGAGACUGUUUUCCACUACGCUGUGCGAGGGAGCAACCCCCAGAUCAUUGAGCUCCUGGGCAGAACCCCAACUACUGGCUUGGACCACCUGAACCAUGAGGGGCUGACCGCUCUGCACCUCGCGUGCCAGCUGGGCAAAGAGGACAUGGUGCGCUCCCUGCUGAAAUGCCGCGCCAGCUGCAGCGUUGUGGGCAUACUGGGAUACCCCAUCCACACAGCACUCAAGUUCUCCCACAAGGGGUGUGCCCAGGCCAUCCUCGAGGUAGAUGCCAGCCAGGUUUCCUCCAAGGACCCACGCUAUGAAGCUACUCCACUGCACUGGGCGAAGAAGGCAGAGAUGACACGGCUGCUGCUGGAGUACGGCUCCCAGGUGAACGUGACCAGCCGGACGGCUGACAUGGCUCUGCACAUCGCGGUGCAGAGGGGACGCUUCGACUGCGCCAUGGUCCUGCUGACACACGGCGCCCACACCAACGCCCGCGGUCAGAAUGGCAACACACCCCUGCACCUGGCCAUGAAGCAUGACCACCUGGAUAUGAUCAAAGCGAUCGUCGUGUUUGGAGGAGAUAUCGAGAUCCCCAAUGAUUUUGGGGAGACACCAGGACUGUUGGCAGCCAGGAGCAGCAAAGGUGCGAACCGGAAAGUGCUCUUAGACCUGCUGCAAACUGUAGGGACCGAACGCUGCCACCCACCACCCAACCCUGACUCCCCAAGCCUGGCACCAUCUGCCGCCUCCUUCCUGGAAGGCCAACCUUCCUCACGGAGCAGCUUCAACAGCUUAGGGUACCAGGAUGUUCUGUAUGUUUCCGCAACUCUCGGACAGUUGUUGAAGGCACCAGAUGUUGUGGACAUGCCCAGUGAAGACAGAAGAAAUCAGGACCGCCUCCUGUGCUUGGAUGGAGGGGGCAUCCGGGGCCUCGUGCUCAUCCAGCUCCUCCUGGCUAUCGAAAAAGCUGCGGGCUGUCCCAUUCGAGAGAUUUUUGACUGGAUCGCAGGGACCAGCACUGGAGGGAUCUUGGCCUUGGCUAUUGUACAUGGGAAGUCCAUGGACUACAUGCGCUGCCUGUACUUCCGCAUGAAGGACAUGGUGUUCCGGGGGUCUCGGCCCUACGAGUCAGAGCCCCUAGAUGAGUUCUUGAAGAAGGAAUUUGGGGAAAACACCAAAAUGACAGAUGUCCGAAAACCCAAGGUUAUGGUGACCGGGACGUUGUGUGACCGACAGCCAGCUGAGCUCCACCUUUUCCGGAAUUACCCUGUACCAGAGACAAAAACCUCCACUGAAUACAAGACAAGUGCAUCUUUCAAACCACUCACUCAGCCAGAAGACCAGCUGGUGUGGCGCGCUGCCCGCUGUAGCGGUGCGGCUCCCACUUAUUUCCGGCCGAUCGGCCGCUUCCUGGACGGAGGGCUGCUGGCCAACAACCCGACCCUCGACGCCAUGGCGGAGAUCCACGAGUACAAUAAGACGCUCAUCAAAAAGGGUCGGAGGCAGGAAGUAAGAAAAUUGGGGUUGGUGGUCUCCCUGGGGACAGGGAAGCCUCCGCAGAUCCCAGUGAGCUCUGUGGAUGUUUUCCGCCCCUCCAACCCUUGGGAGCUGGCGAAGACUGUCUUUGGGGCCAGGGAACUUGGCAAGAUGGUGGUGGAUUGUUGCACUGACGCAGAUGGCCCAGCUGUGGAUCGUGCCAGGGCCUGGUGUGAGAUGACGGAUGUCCCGUAUUUCCGGCUCAGCCCUCAGCUGCACACGGAGGUGAUGCUGGACGAGGUGAAUGACACAGUGCUGGUGAACGCUCUCUGGGACACCCAGCUGUACAUCUACCAGCACCGGGAGCAGUUCGAGCAGCUGGUGCAACAUCUCUGCCGAUGACUGACCUGGAGGUUCCCAUUCUGCAUGCCAAAGCCCUGUCUCUGCUGCUGUGCUUGGUUUUGCUGCCUUGCUGUCUGACUCAGAAUCCAGAGCCCCCACCUACCUGUCUUGAGUUGUAGCAGCUGGAAUGUCUCCUGUCUGUGCAGUACCUCCACUGACAAAGCACCGUGCACCUUCCCACGUCACAGAAUGGGCUAAGACCUGAUGACAGCUUCAGGGAUUGCUUGGCCCACUGGGGCCAAGUUAUUUCAGAGCGUAUAGUAUGGGAAAAAGGGAUUAUUUUUCCUUCAACACACCCAGUUUGAAGGGAAGCAGAAAUGCUUCAACUUUUUGGAGUAGAUAUGACACAGAAUGUUGCAGCUGGCCUUGGGAGAAGGGCAAACCUUUCCUGAGGCAGGUUUUCUGUAGCAGCUUCUUUCCCCUCUGAGAUGGGCUGGCAACACAGGUACUGACUGUGCCUAGGGUGGGAGCAGACCCCUCCCACCCAGGGCUUUUUGUGCCACCUGAUUUACUGUGCUGCUCUUUGCUCAAGGGCUGAGAUGUGAAAGCCUGAAUUUACUUGCAGCAAGCUCAGGGUAAGGGACAAGAGCCUUGGCUUAGUAGAGAGGUCAUUUAUCUUAGUAUGGAAUUGAAAUGCUCUGAGAUCAGUUCCCUCCAAAGAAGCUGACCCUGUGACAAUUUGGGUUUACUUUUUUUUACUACUGGAAAUUUCACUGUAACUGCUAUACUAGUCAUUGUUUCUAUCGUAAAUUUUGCAUAUUUAUAAAUAACUUAUGUAUGUAUUUGGAGGCAUUUUGAGGAGUACCCCAAAAAAUUGAAUUUUUAAUCCAUUGCAUUUGACUGAAUGGACUGCUGUUGCCAACAGGGCUUCUGUGAAAAACUGACAUGACCUGAAAUAAAGAGGGAUUUGCAUUUGUUUCUGA